AACACAGCCAUAUAUGGGAUCCCCCAUGCGAGCUCGGGCCUCAUAAGCAAUAGUCACUGCAGCAUCACCUCGAUAGUUUACAGUAAACUUCUUUCGAAGGUAAACCUCGUCCACCAUGAUCGUUUGAUCAAUCGUGAUGGUUCAACCCACCUACCUAAUAAGCGACAGUCCUUCGAGCUUACAACUUUUUUGAACAAUGUUCCUUUCCACCGUUCGUUCCGUGGUAAUUCUUGUAUGCUUCACGGCUCUAGAAAUAAAAGCAACUGGAGGAGGAGACAAAGACUGCCAGUUUUCAACGGCAACUUUCUGUCCUUUCAUAACUGUUCCAAGGUUGUUCCAGGUGGCUAUGGUUGCUUGCCAGCUCUGCCAUCCUACUACCUUGCCUAUGAUUUCUUGCAUGCAUAGAGCAGCCUAUCCUCGUAGAACCAGGUAAGCAAUUUCGAUAUGAAGAAGUGGGUGGGUGCCUGGGUGGUGGUGAAUCAGCUUUGCAAUUGUUUUCCAGUUCCCUGUUGAUCAUGUUUGAGCUGUCAUCACCACCACUAACAAACAUAAGUAAUCCUUUGUUUUGUAUAAUUCUUAUUAUUUACUCUAGUUUGUAGUGUUAUUUCAUAUAUGACCAACGUUAAAUUCUUGUGUGGGU